AGUAGACAAGGUCAUAAAAGGCAGCCAAGAGCUCUCUUUUUCAAAUAGCUUUUUCUCAACGAAACACUUACCUACCUACACUUGAACAAGAGCAACACGAUCAACAGACAAAAUGGCCAUCACAAGUGCUAUCAGCGAUCUCUUCAGCUCCAUCUACGAGCUUCUCGCCUCAGUCUUCAACACCUUCUACUCCGUCAUCCACUCCAUUCUCUCCGCUGUUCUCGGCUUCGUUCAGGGUCUUUUCAACCUCAUCGGCGAUGUCGUCUCCGGUCUUGUUGAGGUCACCGGUGGCGUGGGCAAGUUUGUAGCCAGCAACGCUGCUAUUCUUGCUAUUGGUGUCCUCGGUACUUUCGCUUAUGUGAGGUAUACCGCGCAAGGACGGGCUGUUGCGAACAAGAAGACUCAGUAAAUUUUUUGACCUUGGAUUAUUGGGAGGUUUGCUUGGCGAUGGAUAUACACGAUACCCUGAUGCUCGGUGGAAAUGACCUGGUUGGUGUUGGGGACACUAAGAAACUAUCUUUCGCUAGUGAAUCCUAGUUUAUUCAGUUAAAAUUAAUGCGAUGCCCUUCAAACUUCAGUGACCUUUCUGUGGUUGGUCUUGUACUCGACUUUAAACUGCGGCUCAAUCGAUCCCUUGCUGGCUCUGCAGAUCAUGUAAUAGCCCUUGUGCUAAUCUAGAUCAC